AUGUACAAUUACAAUAUACAUUGGUUCACAAAUGUGACGUCACAGCUUAAAUGGUCAGAACUAUUCUUUUGGAUAUGCGUUAUUCUUAUUUCUGGAUGGAAUAUGGGCUCAAUUUUUCUUUUAAUGAUGACAAGAUUUCAAACCGAUUCGACCAGCAUUGGAGUAACGACCACAUAUAUACAUUGGUCAAAUACAUUUCCCGCCGUGAGCAUUUGUCUUAUAAAGAAUAAAAUAACUGAGGAGUUCACACAAACCGUAAUGCGACGAGUUCCUCCCAAUAAAACCGUAGAUAACACCUAUGUGAAAAAUUUAUAUGAGUACCUGUUCUUAAUACCCGAAAACAGUAAUAUUAAAGAAGCAUACUGUAGAGGCUGGAAUUCAACAUGUGGAGUUAAUAUUUUGGAAAUGAGAAAACAGUUUCUUACCCACACGUGCAGAACUAUUUUUAAAGAAAUUUAUUACGGUAAUAACUUGUUGGAAAACUGCGAAACUAUAUUCAAAUUUCAUGAGCUGGAGGUUGGAUACUGUUUUCUAGCCAACAGUCUUAUUGAUUACAAAAACCUCGAUGAGUUGCCUUUGAAAUAUACAUCGUCGGAUAAAUACCGUAAUCUGAAAUUAGUUUUACAGACUGAUCUACUAUACAAAUAUCAAUUAUAUGUUCAUAGUCCUGAGGAUGUACCCUAUUUUAAUGCGGAGGGAUAUCCUGUUACAACAAGACCAAAAGUCUAUAGUUUUAAUAUUGAAGAGCUGCAUAAUAAUAAUGAUGUUAUUCUGGAAAAAGUGAAACAACGAAUGUGCAAAUUUCCGGAAGAAAGCAAUCAUUCAAAAUUUGUUUACAGCUUCUCAGCCUGCAUGUCUCAAUUAAGGCAGCAAAUGGAGAUGGAAAUGUGCAACUGCACUUUAUUUAAUUCCAUGUCGUAUCAAGAUUAUUGCGAUGUCCAGGGAAUAAGAUGUUUGCAGAAGGCUUUCGUUUCAAAACUAGUAAAGGAUUACGUUUCCAUCAACUUGGUGUGCUUGCCUUCCUGCAUGGAACAACAGAUAAGCUUUGUUGGAUCAAUAGAAGAACGUGUUGACCAAAAGGAUUUCGUUGUUGAAAUUGAUAUUGCCAGUCCACCUUCAGCUAGGUUUUACCGCAUAGUUACUCAGACCAAAUUAGAUCUCAUAGUUGCGGUCGGAGGUGUCAUUGGACUAUUUGUUGGCUUAUCUUUGCUCAAUAUUUUAGAAGUAAUUUCCUUGAUUCUUCAAAAAAUUAAGAAGCUAUUCACGAAAUAAAUUUAUUUAACUGCA